AUGUCUGGUUACCAUCUUUUCCUUCUCUAUAGAUGCUUAAGAUUUCCUGAGACCACAGCCAUUGGCUAUGAUAACCACUACAGAAAAGCUUGGGUUGAGAAAAUGUUGCAGGUUGAAGCUAAGGAAAGAGGUCCAUGUCUAAGUGUGAUCUCCAGCACCAAAUCAGCUGCAACUUUCUUUGCUUCAACCUCCCUGGUUUUAAGCUCUCUUAUUGGGGCUGGGUUGGAAGCAGUUCAAAUGAUUUCUUCAAGAGUAUUUUCGUAUAUGGUGACACAGAUCCAUCCAUCAUUUCUGUCAAAUAUGUUAGCCUUCGUAUCUUAUGCUUCUUUUCUCCAAUGUAUAAGCAGCUUCGUCCAUGCAAAUUUCCUUAUCAGUAUGCCAAAUAGUGAUGUCCCAGUGGAGUAUGUGCAGAUGGCACUGAUACGGGGAAGUGCUUUCUGGUCAGUUGGGUUACGGGCAAUUUACUUUGCAGUCACAUUACUGCUGUGGAUAUUUGGUCCAAUACCAAUGUUUGUUUCUUCAGUGGCUAUGGUGGUGAUUUUGCACAUUCUUGAUACAAACUCUGCAUCACUUUCAACCGGCCAAGAGUCAUAA